AUCCCCAUAUAGGCAUAUUUCCCAACGUAGAGAUAAAGACUCACUCUAGCAACCAAAUGUUGGCACCUAAGGUGUACAGAUUCUCAGUUCUCUCAUGUUCUUAUCCACUCUCUCCUGUAACAGGAUCUUGGAUUGGAGGGGUAUCCACUUUUCAAAGACAGGCUUUGGCCUUCACAAGGUUUAGUGGGCUUCCCUUGAAGCUGAGAAAGCCAGUACAUUCUUUACCAGGCUGGUUAAGGGGGUAUUCAAUGGAUUCCUCCAGAGCACAUUCCAUGCACAACCUUGUGCCCAUUGCAAGUAUUGAGGAAGCAAAGGAUGGAAACGGGCGUGCAUCCUCAUCUUUGGAAGAACCAGAGUCUUCUGGCUAUCGUCUUCCUCCAGCAGAUAUAAGAAAGAUUGUCGAUGCACCCCCAACACCUGCUUUGUCUUUUUCUCCACAGCGAGAUAAGAUUUUAUUUCUCAAGCGCAGGUCUUUACCUCCUCUCUCAGAUCUUGCAAGACCAGAAGAGAAGCUUGCUGGAGUUCGUAUUGAUAGCAAUUACAAUGCAAGAAGUCGUAUGUCAUUUUACACUGGGAUAGGAAUCCAUAAACUGAUGGAUGAUGACACUUUAGGACCAGAGGUAGAAGUCUCUGGCUUCCCAGAUGGUGCAAAAAUAAAUUUUGUUAGCUGGUCACGAGAUGGUCAACAUCUAUCUUUCAGUAUUCGGUUUGAUCAGGAGGACAAUACAAGCAGUAAGUUGAGCCUUUGGGUUGCAAAUGUAGAGACUGGCCAAGCCAGGCCUUUAACUGGCACAACGGAAUUCAACAUAAAUGCAGUUUUUGACAACUUUGUGUGGAUUGAUGACUCCACAGUAGUUGUAUGUACUAUACCUUCAUCUCGUGGAGAACCUCCAAAAAAGCCAUUGAUUCCAUCGGGCCCAAAGAUACAAUCUAAUGAGGAAGAAAAUAUAGUGCAAGUGAGAACAUAUCAAGACCUGUUGAAAGAUGAGUAUGAUGCAGAUCUAUUUGAUUACUAUUCCACAUCACAGUUACUUUGGGUCAGAUUAGAUGGGACAACAAAAGCUAUAGGACCACCAGCUGUAUAUACAUCAAUAGAUCCUUCACCUGAUGGGAAAUAUCUAAUGGUCUCCUCCAUCCAUAGGCCUUACUCAUUUAUUGUACCUUGUGGAAGGUUCCCAAAGAGAAUUGAAAUAUGGACUUCAGAUGGGAAAUUUGUUAGGGAAAUAUGUGAUCUUCCUCUUGCGGAGGACAUUCCCAUUGCUUUCAACAGUGUUCGGAAAGGCAUGAGGUCUAUCCGUUGGCGGCCUGAUAAGCCUUCAUCACUUUACUGGGCAGAGACGCAAGAUGGAGGUGAUGCAAAGGUUGAGGUCUCUCCUCGUGAUAUCGUCUAUACACAAUCAGCUGAACCACUGCCUGGUGAGGAACCUGAGGUUCUUCAUAAGCUUGAUCUCCGUUAUGGGGGAAUAUCUUGGAGUGAUGAUUCCUUGGCUCUGGUUUAUGAGUCAUGGUAUAAAACAAGGCGUACUCGGACAUGGAUAAUAUCUCCAGCAAAUAGAGACCAAGGGGCUUGUAUACUAUUUGACAGAUCAUCGGAGGACGUUUAUUCUGAUCCAGGCUCACCAAUGCUUCGGCGAACAUCGGCUGGAACUUAUGUUCUUGCAAAGAUAAGAAAGGCAGAUGGAAGUACAUUCCUUUUGUUGAAUGGCAGUGGGGCAACACCAGAAGGAAAUGUUCCUUUUCUUGAUCUUUUAGAUAUAAACACAGGUGAAAAGGAGCGUAUAUGGGAAAGUGACAAGGAAACAUAUUACCAGGCAGUUGCUGCUUUAAUGUCUGAUCAGUCUGAUGAGGAUCUGGAUCUUGAUAAACUCAAAAUACUUUUUUCAAAAGAGUCAAAAACAGAAAAUCCACAGUAUUUUUUGCAGUCUUGGCCAGAUAAACGAAUUAGUCAAAUUACUAAUUUCCCACACCCAUAUCCCCAACUCUCCAAAUUGCAGAAAGAGAUGAUUAGAUACCAGCGUAAGGAUGGGGUGCAAUUGACUGCAACCCUAUAUUUGCCUCCUGGUUAUGACGCUUCAAGAGAUGGACCUCUUCCAACAUUAGUAUGGUCUUACCCAGGAGAAUUUAAGAGUAAAGAAGCAGCUGGCCAAGUACGUGGUUCUCCCAAUGAAUUUGCAGGAAUAGGAUCAACAUCGCCCCUUCUUUGGUUGGCUAGAGGGUUUGCUAUUUUGUCUGGGCCAACUAUUCCAAUCAUUGGAGAGGGAGAUGAGGAGGCAAAUGACAGGUUUGUUGAACAGUUGGUGGCUAGUGCUGAGGCUGCAGUUGAUGAAGUUGUAAGACGAGGGGUUGCUCAUCCAAACAAAAUAGCAAUUGGUGGUCACUCCUAUGGAGCAUUCAUGACAGCAAACCUCCUGGUACAUGCACCUCAUCUUUUUUGUUGUGGGGUUGCUCGCUCAGGUGCCUAUAAUAGGACACUCACUCCCUUUGGAUUUCAGAAUGAAGAGAGGACACUGUGGGAAGCAACAAGCACGUAUGUUGAGAUGAGCCCAUUUAUGUUAGCUAAUAAAAUAAAGAAGCCUCUUCUGCUUAUACAUGGAGAAGAGGAUAACAAUCCUGGAACGCUCACAAUGCAGUCUGACCGGUUCUUCAAUGCACUAAAAGGACAUGGUGCUCUCUGUCGUCUUGUGCUUCUUCCAUUUGAAAGCCAUGGAUACAGUGGACGUGAAAGCAUAAUGCAUUUACUUUGGGAGAGUGAUAGGUGGCUACAGAAGUUUUGUGUAAAUUCUCCUGACAAUGCCCAUGAUUCUAAAAUUUCUGGCGAAAACGAAAAUGUUGAAGGGGAAAAGAUUGCAACUGCUUCAACGGGAGGAGAUAGUAACCAAGAAAAAGAAUGUGAACAAAAUUCAUUCUAUUCAAUGCACAGGUCAUCUUUAUGACAAAAUUUCCAUAUAACAGAUAUGAUCAGUUGUUCAGAUCAUUGCACUGGAGCUAUUGAUGGGCACGUCCCUCACUCGAGUUGAUCUGCAUGAAAUUGUUCAAAUAAAAUUGCUCUAUGAAUGUUUCUAUUCUCUGCAAGAGUAAAAGUCCCCUUCUUUCUGGUUGAUUUGCAUCUUGUUGGUAAAUACAGUAUCUAUGAAUUUAUUUGACGCAUCAUUAUAUGAUAUAAACUUGAAUAUGGCCUUUUGCAAGCAUAGAGAUGGAACUCUGUACAGGUACAAUAACUGUAUCCCCUGAUCCUCAUUAAGGUCUGGCUUGAAAGUGAUGAUUUUCUUCCAGAUUUAAGAGAACCAAGAGAUUAAAAUCACUAUCCAAUUCCCCACUUUAUAAGUGACAAAUUUUUUGAUAAAUUUUUGAGCUGUAGACAGAUCUAAGUGGAGCUUCUCUAAGGGGCAUUAUUAUUUAUUGCCGAUUAAAAUUGUAAUUUGCCAACAGAUUGCAUGAACCUAAUGACAGAAUUGCUUUCACA